AGCCCUCUCGCCCACAGACCCACAAGCACUCCCGCGUCGCCGCCGCCGCCGCCGCCUACGCCGCCGCCUUACUCUGCCGCAGCCCCAGCGCCUUGCCCCCCAUGGCGAAGAAGAGGAAGCGCAGCUCCGAUGCUCCCGCGGCCGCGGCCAUAGAGAAGCCUGACGACUCUGCGCCGCAGCGGCCGGAGCGCACCCUCUUCGGGUUCAAGGACCAGCCGGACUCCGCCGCCGAACCUGCUCCUAAGGACGCGGGGCCCUUCUUCCGGAACAAGGAGAAGGUGCUCAUUACGUGCUCACGCCGCAUCAUCUACAGGUACCGGCACCUGAUGCAGAACGUGGUGUCGCUGCUGCCGCACGCCAAGAAGGACAGCAAGGUUGAGUCCAAGCAGAGCAAGGGCAGCGCGCUCAACGAGCUGGUCGAGCUAAGGAGCUGCUCCAGCUGCCUCUUUUUCGAGUGCAGAAAACAGAAAGAUCUUUACCUUUGGAUGGUCAAGUCUCCUGCAGGGCCAUCAGUGAAAUUUCUAGUCAAUGCUGUUCACACUAUGGAGGAACUGAAGCUCACUGGUAACCAUCUGAAAGGGUCACGUCCUCUGCUAACGUUUUCUUCAAAUUUUGACCAGCAACCUCACUGGAAACUCUUGAAGGAAAUGAUAACUCAAAUUUUUGCUACUCCAAAAGAUCAUCGGAAGGCAAAACCUUUUCAUGAUCAUGUCUUUGUCUUCUCCAUUGUGGAUGACCACAUUUGGUUCAGAAAUUACCAGAUUUCUGUACCCCACAAUGAGAUUGAUAAAGUUGAUAAAGGAGGCCUAGAUAAAAUGACACUUGUUGAGGUUGGCCCCAGGUUCUGUUUGAAUCCAAUCAAAAUAUUUGGUGGUAGUUUUGGUGGCCCCACAUUGUAUGAGAACCCAUUCUAUGUGUCUCCGAAUCAGAUUCGCGCACUAGAGAAGCGGAAGAAGGCAGGCAAGUACGCCAAGAAGGUGAAGGCCAAGGUGAGGAGGAAGAUGCACGAGAUGGAGAACACCCUGGAGCCCGAUGAGUUUGCUGAUCUCUGGAAAGGGGAAGACUAGUGCGGGCGCUGCAGCGACUGUACCAAUGAGGUUGUCUUGAACUACUCGCCCUGGUUAUGGCCAAAGCAGUGAAUUUCGCUUACCCUCUGGUAGUUCUUGUAUGACAAAGCAUGUGUUUUACUAUCACUAUAUAAUGAUCAACUGGAUCUCGGUCGUGCUUGUGUCCA